CGUCAACAACUAGUUAAUUUCCUUAUGUAACAAAUUCAAAGAAAAUGGAAAAAUAUGCAAUUCUUAAUACUUCAUUGCUGCGUACCCUCAGUCUUCCCAGUCUAGCAGAGGGGAAUGAAACAAUUAGUGAAGUUGAAGAAAUCAAUGAGGUGAAAUCCUUACGUGAACAGGGCAUUCAUGCUGCCAAGACGUCUGAUUUUGAUGAAGCUGUUCAGUUUUAUACUGAAGCCUUGGAAAUUGACUCUGAAAAUCUAAGUGUACUUCAAGCCAGAGCUCUAGCUUAUUUAGAGCAAGGGAAAAAUGCAGAAGCCUUAGCAGAUGCAGAAUCGAUUUUAGCUCUUGAUUCAGAAAAUGCAAAGGGCUGCCUUCUGCAGGGUAUUGCUUACAAAAGAUUAAAUAUGUUAAAAGCUUCACUGGAUGCAUUGCUGUGUGCCCUUGACCUUGACCCCAACAAUGCAGACAAAAUAAGUGACCACCUUGCUUCCACGGUUGUUAGGAUGUGCCAGACGACAGUCAGAUUGGAUGAAAACUUUCUCGCAAUGAAUGCCUAUGAGAAAUUAUGUGAGUUGGGAGUGAUUCUUUAUCAAAACAAAAAGUAUGAAGCUGCCAUCAGUGUGCUAGAUGCUGCCAGAAAAAUUCAGACCAAUCAAAAAGGGAUAACUCUGCGUGUCCUCUUGACAUUGGCCAAUGCCCAUUCCCAGUUAAUGCAUGUCGACACAGCCAUCAGCUUGUUUCAAGAAACUUGGGGACUGGCUCUAGCAAACCAUGACCAUGCAUACCAAACCAAAUGUCUUGUCAACAUUGCAACUUUGCACCUGAGCAAUGGGGACACACACAUGGCUAUCAUCUUUUAUGAGAAACUUUUACACCUGGAGGCAGAACUUGCAGAAGAAUCUGGCCACCAAGGGAGUUGGCCAGAUUACUGGACCAAAGAGCUUCAGUGUGGCCUUCACCUUAACCUAAGCAUAGCUUACAAAGCAGUAGGCAACCUUGCGUCUGCUGUUGUGCAUGCAAAAAAGUACAUGAGGCUAGCUGAGACCUUGAAUCUGGAAACCAAAAUGGUGGCAGACUCCCAUCACAAUGUUGGAGUCCUGAAUGAAAUCAUAGGAAAUUAUCAAGAGGCCAUUCAGUCUUACAAUGUAUUUCUACAAAAGUCUCAGGCCACUUGUAAUCAGAAGUCUAUUGGACAAGCUUAUGGGUGUCUGGCCAGUGUCCAUGCAGCACUGAAGAAAUAUUCUCUAGCACUGGGCUUUCACAAGCAACAUCUUGCUAUAGCUACAGAGCUUAAAGACAGGAAGAUGAUGGCUGUGGCUCAUGAAAUGUUUGCUGAUACUUUGUGUUUGAUGGAAGAUUUCAACCAAGCCUUGGAGCAUUACACUCAGGUGUUGAGUCUGUGUCGUAAUGUUGAUAACUCUAGUGUUGCCAGGGCUCAGUGUAAGAUGGCCGCAGCUUACAAAAACAUGGGACAAACCCAGUACAGUCUGUAUUACUGCAAGGAAGCUUUAUCCCUUGCUGAACGAUUUGGCUUCACUGACCUAGAAAUCCUUGCUGAGUAUUACAAAGCCUGCAUACUGAAAGAUAGUUCUCAAUUUCUGGAGACUGAUGAAGCACAAAAGAUUUUUAUGAAGCUUAUACCUUAUCUAGAAGAGAAAAUCUCGAAGCAUAUAGAAGAAGAUUCCUUUUGUCCAGAAGUGUAUGAGGAACAGCUAAGCCAAUGCUAUGAUGGAAUGCAGACUAUCUUGUCAGUGAUGUCAAACAAGAUGGCGUGCUUGCAGUAUGCUGAGGCACAGCGCAAACGAACAGUGAUCUCUCUUCCAAACUUCCAGGCCACGUGUAGGGCAGGCAAUCACAGCCUUGACCUCAUGCUUGAGGUUUGGGGUACUGAUCAUAUGAAUCGAAUAGUUUCAUCCCAGAAUGCAACAGUUUUGUAUUAUUCAUUAUUAGACAACAUCCUGUUACUUUGGGUACUCUCUCCUGGACAAGGUGUGACCCGAUUUUAUUCUACCAAAGGUUCAAGCCAAAAUUUAACUAAGAAAAUCACUGAUUUGCUCCAGGAUAUCAAGUCAGGCUGGAACACGGCAGAACUUCUAACAACUAGUGAGUCCAGAGCUCUUCCUUCUAAACUCCCAGACAAAUAUUUUGUUCAAGUCAAGAAACUCUGUGAUGAUGAUGAAAAUCUCAGCAGUAAAAAACGUGGCAGGCCCGCACUUAUGCUGCUUUAUGAGUUGCUAAUCAACCCUGUGUCAGAUAUUCUUGACAAACUGGAAGUAGGCAGCCAUCUUGUCAUAAUACCAGACAAGCAAUUAAAGUGGUGUCCCUUUGGUGCCUUGACAGAUCAUGAGAACAAGUCUUUGUCUGACAGGUUUCACGUCAGUUAUGUCCCUUGCCUAAUGCUGUUAGACAGAGUUGUCCAGAAUGAGUUGAGCUCGCUAAGUCUUCAGGAUGAGCUAGAGACGCAGCGUAGAUUGGCACGUCUCGGUGGAGUUGUGAAAUACUGCAUGGAGAGCUCUGGAGAAACUCUGAGUCAAUACGACACUUCUACCGAGGAAAGUGAAGCUGAGACGAAAAUAAAUCUAAGAGAAGUAUCAAACCCAAGACUUCUAGCCCACAGGCCACAGAGCUCAGCUGGUCUCAAGCUGACCUCCAAAUCCGACAGCAAUCAAAUUUCUCUUCCUGGCCACACCUCCAAGAAAAGCGGAACAAAUCAAAAUAAUUUUGAUCCAAGUUUUGUUACGCUUCCAGGACAAAAGUUGCUAGCAGUACACACUUACACAACUCUGUGUUCUGAUACCUGGACUCACACAGACAUCAUAUCCUCAACACAUGAUGUCACAUCCUAUAAGCAGAUCAGUGACCAGAGAAAUGCAUUGGUUUUUGGCUGUCCAAAUGUUCAUCCCUCAAUUAGACUUCACAACAAAGAAUGGAAACCAAAGUCACAUUUGGAAAAAGCAGACGCAGAGUUGUCAUUGGUGGCUGGAUGCCUGGGCACUGACAAGGUUGUGGGGGAUAACUCUACCAGACAUGAACUUUUGUCAAGAUUGGAAACAGCAGAACUGGUUCAUAUAGCUACUUGGGCUUGUCUUCAGGAAGGAUGGCUGCUGGUUACUCCCGAUGUUAUCAAAGAGGACAGCGAUGACUCAUCACAUCUUGUGACAGUCACAGAUAUUCUAAGCUUAAAGCUUAGAGCUAAGCUUGUGGUUUUAUCAACGAGUGGCCUUUCUGCUGCCAGAACUGACCAGGAGUGUCCAAUGAAAUUGGCUAAUGCUUUUCUCUCUGCUGGAGCUACUAGUGUGCUGGUUUGUAUGUGGCCAAUAGCAGACGACAUGCUUCACACAUUUUUCUUCCAUUUUUAUUUUACUUUACAAAAAUCUGCCUUUAUAUCUGAGGCUCUUAGUAAUGGGGUCAAGGCCAUCAGGGAACAUAAAAGGAGGGGCCAUGUGUGUCACUGGGCUGGGUUUAAAUUGAUUGGCAAAGACACAAAGAUUAGUUUGAGUGAGAUCAGACAUGCGGAGCUUGAUCAGUUGAUUGACAGCUGUGAGAGACAGGUGGAGGAGGAGUCUGUUCAACCUGUCUUGAACCUACCUGAAGAUGUCCCAACUGUCCCAACAAAAGAAGAAAACAUUGAGCUGUUACAGAGACAAGUCAAAAGUUUGUUACAAGAUUGCUACAAGAGACCUCAAGUCAUCCCCUGUCUUAUUGAUUUGAUGGAUGCUGCACUGAAGAGGCUUCACACACCAGAGAACAACUCUCAGUUAUGUGUACUGAACAAUGAAUUGGCUUCUGACACCAAGGCCCUGGAGUUACUCAAAUGGUUAGGUUUUCACUUUCAGCCCAAGGGCACGCAACUCACUGAGCCUUAUGUUGUCUUCCCCCACUGGAACACAGACAAGCUUUUAAUACCAACCUAUGAUGUCUUGAGAGCAGCAAAAGAGUUAUCUUCAAGUAGCAGCUGUGUUACUGCCCUUUGUGAAACUCUUCCUCUCUCACAAGACAACAUUUCAAACUUGAUAGAUCUGCUGUGUAUAACCAAACAUGCUCCAGAAAUACAACUGAAAGUGACAGACCUGACUGUCCAGCCACUAUGGCACAACCCCAGAACUAAAUCUCUGCUGACCUCUACUGGCUACCACCAGGUGGGGCUUCUCUUGACGUUUAACAUGACGCCUGAUCACAAGGAACUGUUAGUGGCUAUGUUACAAAUCUUGUUAGCAUUCAGUUGUUAUAAAAGUCCAGUCCUACUAUUCAAGUUGGAUGUCAAAUUGUUGGGGCGAAACAGUGAAAUUAAAGACUCCAGCAAUGACUGUCCCAAACUGCCUACUCUCAUGCCACUGUUACUUCCCAGAAAUAAGUUGAAAAUGUCAACCCCAUGGCUGUCAGUUGUUGAACAGAAAGAUGAAAUGCCAGAGAAAAUGAAAUUGGCGAAAAGUUUGACCAAUCUGAAUGAAGAAUAUCAAGGCCAUAUGGAAAAAGCCAAAACCUGGCAUCAAAUUUCUUUAGCAGCACAGUCUAAAGCAGCUAAGGAGCGCCCUGUCACGACAUCAAAACAUAAAGUCAAGGUCAAGGCUGGAGACUCCCCAUCCCAACAACGUGUGCCAGUAGACUUUGAGAAGGAGCUGACCCCAAGAACCAUAAACCAGAGCCGAGAGUAUUCUCAUUUCAUUCUGCAGGAGAGACUUGCUCAAGUGAAUCAGAGAAAGAAAGAUGGUCUGAUUAAACUCUAUCUUCCAUACAUACACUCCUAAGGGAGAUCAUUCCCAGUUUUAGCGUUCAAUUAGAGGCGGAUCAAAUUAUUGAAAUUUAAUAAAUGUUUGCAAUACAUGCAGAAUGUUACAUUUAAAUUAAAGCUGAGAAACUGUUAAUACCAAAAGUAAAAACAGUGAAAUGAGUAGAAUUUUGUUUUUAAAUACAGGCAUUUUUUAUCAUGUAUGUCAUUGAGUAGUACCACUAAUUCAGAUGUUAGCUACAUUCCCACAUCAAAAGACAAUUUGUAUGUUAUGAUUAAUGGCUUAUCCUGAGGUCAUCUUGCCUUGAUAAGAUGUAUUCCAAUGACAAGUUAAUCAUUCUAAUAACAAGAUCUGUUUUUUCGGGGGGUUUUUUUAAUUAAAAUAUGUGUUUAUGAUAGUUACUGUUUAUAAAUAUACUGGUGAUCUCCCAAUUGCAAAAAUAACUCCAGCUCAACAUAAUUUAGUGGUGUGGUGGCUGAGUGUUAAAAGCACUGUGCUUUCAAACCAAGGGGUCUUGAAUCUCAGUCUAGACUGGGGUUUUGAUUUCAGGAUCUUUCAGGAUGCCCACCUAACUCUAAUAGGUACUUACAUUAGUUGGGGAAAGUAAAGGCAGUUUGUCAUUUUGCUGGCCACGACACCCUUGUUAACUGUCUUGAAUAGAAACAGAUGACCUCUACAUCAUCUGCACCAUAGAUCGCAAGGUCUGAAAGGUGGACCUUUUUUUUUUCUACUUCACAACAAAUUGAGAAACUUUGUAUCUUCAUUUUGUACAUUUUAUUCAAUGUUUUUUACAUAUUCUGUUUGAUACUAACUUAAAAAUUAAUGAUCAAGCAUGUUGAAAAAGUUUACUUUCGUGUUGAAGCUAAAUCUGUGAUAUAGUUCAUUUCUUAGUCAUAUAGAUCUACUUCUAUGCUAAGUAUUCAAAGUUUCAAUUGUUGAAUAUUCCAACCAUAUUAUGUAAUGGUGUAAAUAAGUUUGGCUCUGUAAUGUUUCUUUAUUUUAUUUAUCUCAAUGUAAAAGUGAUUUAUGUAACAGUCCAGCAGUCUAGAAUGUUAGGUUCGUUUGUGGCCCAGCAGUACAAAAAAUACAUUUGAAGCUAGAAAUUAAAAGGAAAAAGUUUGAGUAAAGAUUUGAAUGUUGUUUAAGUUUCAGUUGGAAAUAUCUUAAUUUAUAACUAAACUUUUCUUUUUUUAUGUAGGUAAUUAAAUUUAUGUAGGUAAUUAAAUUUAUGUAGGUAAUUAAAUUUAUGUAGGUAAUUA